AUUUUCUCAGCAACCAAACGCCCUGCCCCUCUCUCUCUCUCUCUCUUUCUCUCUCUCUCCUUUCUCUAACUACCACUCAAAAUUUUUCCUCCCUCCAAUCAGACAGCUCGACCGACGAAACCCAGCCAAGCAGGCAGCAGCAACUAGACUUUCCCACCUGCUUCAAUGGGAACCGAAAUCGAAAUCUUCAACGCCACUUCCAUGGCGGCCGCCGGCGGCCGGUGGGGUGCCAUGUCAGCAAAACGCUGCGACAGCUGUAAAACGGCGGCCGCAACGGCCUUUUGCCGCGCUGAUUCGGCCUUCCUCUGCCUCCCGUGCGACGGAAGGAUCCACUGCGGGAGUAGGAAUGGCACCAACAAUAAGCUCGUGGCCAGGCACGAGCGGGUUUUGAUGUGUGAGGUCUGCGAGCAGGCUCCGGCCGCCGUCACCUGCAAAGCCGACGCCGCCGCGCUCUGCGUCACCUGCGAUUCGGAUAUCCAUUCGGUGAACCCGGUCGCACGCCGCCACGAGCGAGUUCCGAUCGAGCCGUUCGUCGACUCUGUUCCCGGCGACGUUGGAAACAGAGCAUACUCUUCGGGGUUCAGUACCAUGGUUCCGACGGGAAACGAAGGCGGUAACGGCGGAGGAGGAGGAGGGUGCGACUACGAUCACGAGGCGGAUGGAGUUUCAUGGAUGCUUCCGGGCGGCAUCGUCGGCGGCGGCGGGUUGAUUCCUCAACUGAAUCAGAAACUUGGGGAACAGGGGAAAUCCGCCGGAGAUCCAUUUUUUGGCGAAAUGGAUGAGAUUUUGGAAUUUGGUUAUGGAAAUCCUCUGGAAGGGAGGUUUCAGCAGAGCUACAGCUGUGCUUCCGAUGGAGUUGUACCAGUGCAGAGUAAGCCGCUCCCGCUCCCACUCCCGCUGCAACUGCCGGCGACUACUAUGGGCCAUCAGAUUUCAUUGACUGGUCCUGAAAAUGAUCUGGAUUUUGGUUUCUGUCGACCGAAGGUCUCUUCUUUCAGCUACCCGACUCAAAGUUCUCUUAGCAACAGUGUCUCAUCAUCCUCCCAUGACGCCGGAAUCGUGCCAGACUGGAGUUCGAAUUCCAUGUCCGAGAUUUCGUUCUCUUUCGAUCAUCCAAAUGUGCCCGUCUCGACUGCUCCAACUACCGCUAACCCGAUUCAUCAUCACCAUCAAGCGCCCGCCCAGCCCCUCUGCAGGGCGGACAGAGAAGCCAGGGUGAUGAGAUACAGGGAGAAGAGGAAGAACCGGAAGUUCGAGAAGACGAUUCGUUACGCUUCUCGCAAAGCAUAUGCGGAAGCCAGGCCGAGGAUCAAAGGCCGAUUCGCCAAGCGUUCGGAGAACAGCAACAUGGAACCAGAUUUCGGCAGCAGCCUCUACGGCUCUGCUGUUACUGCGGCAUCUCUAUCUUUCGUCGGUAACUUUGACAGCCGGUUCGACCUCGUUCCAUCAUUUAGAUGACAAUGGAUGGUUGAUGAUGAUGCAGCAAAGGGAGUAUAUAUUUACUAAACUCCCUAUGCAUAAUUGGUGAUUGUUACUGUGGUGUAAUUGGUUCAAAGACUUUAGCUUUUUUUAGAAUAAUUGGUUAAGGUUGGUGUUUACCACUACAAAUCAACUUGUAUCACAUCGGUUAAACAAGUAAUUAAAAGAUUUUAUAAGGUUAACGUAAUUAAAACAGUUCAAAUUAGUUGAGUGAGCCACGUGGAUUGAGUUUUUUGGCCCAUUACCCCGUAUGCCACAUGCGCGCCACUCUCCCAUCUAUUCCAAAAUUUGGCCAAGUGUUGGAGC